AUGGCCGAACGGCCCCGCACUCGUCGCCAGCGUUUGUGUUCUUGGUGUUUCAAGUCAUUUACUAAGGAUGAGCACCUGGCACGGCAUGUUAGGACACACACCAGGGAGAAACCGUUCGUCUGUACGAUAUGUAAAAAAGCCUUUAGUCGCCAUGAUUCUCUUCUGCGGCAUUCAAGAUCUCAUCGACCAUCUAGUGCUAUUCCCUCUACUAAUGUGGCCCACAGCACAGAAAAUGAUGACAUACACCCACCACUGAAUCGCCACGAUGUGCAAGUGUCUCCAUUAAACAACGACUAUUCAAUAGGCGCCCAUAAGGCUCAUACUGCCCCAGACCGUCUCUCAUUUGGAUCGAGGUAUCCAAAUGCUGGUCAUCCCAGAUCGGCAUUUCGUUCACUUACAAAUCCGGCACAACACCUGGCGGUCGGUUCGAAUGUCGAAGAAUUGGCGCGGUCAAAUUUCGACGGAGCAGUGGCCGGAUUACCGACACCAGGUUCCCAAUCUCAAUUAAUUGGCCUAGAUUCGUCUCUACAUGAUUCUAGCCAAGAUGGGUCAUGGGUCUUUGGCAACGCCAGUACCCAAAUACCAGCAUGGUUUGCAGAUGAUGACUUUGAUAUCGGUGCUUUGAACUCAGAGAUUUUGAUGUCAACUGCUAACUGGGUUCCUUCUGGAACCUCCGGCCGAUACCAAAAUGAACCUGAGCGCGAUACCUUGCGACCGCUUGUGGAGGAUACACUUCCAUCACGGGAGCAACUAGUACAAACACAUUGGUACACGUUCAUGGGGACAUCAAUAACGGGACACACUACCCCGGACACGGGUCCGGAGACAACACAAGUGGAUGAAGCAUACCGAGCUAGCCUAGCUGUCAAGCUCCAGCCUCAUACGCCCUUCCUACCACUUCCCUCCACGGACUUUCUGAAUAUAUGCAUCCAAAUGUACUUCACGAAAUUCCAUCCCGUGUUUCCAAUCGUACAUGCGCCAACUUUCCGGCCGUGUGCUAAAAGCUCAUUGCUGCUGCUAUCCAUUUGCUCCAUUGGAAGCCUGUUUGUGGGAUCUUCACACGCUGCAUCGAAAGGUGUCAAAGUGUUUGAGACUCUUAAUAAAGCGAUCCUGUCGUCGUGGGAAAGAUACUUCUCGAGACAAGGACCUGAGACAAUUGCCUUGAUCCAGGCGGCUCUCAUAGGUCAGACAUUUGGACUUUUAUCUGGGAGACCGAAGGAUUUACUCAUUGCACAGACAUUCCAUGGCACUCUUCUUGUAUGGGCUAAGAGGGCAACCCCAUCCAAGGUCAAGAGAGCAUCUGACUAUAUCAGCUUGAGCGAGGUCUUCCACACACCACAAAAGGCCUGGAAGAAAUGGAUUCAGGCAGAAGAACAGAACCGGCUACUCGCAGGAAUUCAUGUUCAUGAUGUCGAGAUCUUAGAGCUGUUUUUGAUAGACACAUAUCUGCGACAUUCACCCGAAAAGCUCCCGCCAUUGUCUGAUGAUGACCUAUGGGCUGCAACAACAGCAGAAGACUGGAGUGAAAAGAUAAUGAGCCGCCUACCGGACUCAAGCAUGCAUGAAACCCACUCGCGGCCACCGGAUAUAAGAACCGAUCAGGCACCUCUACUAUUAUCCCCCCUUUCUAGCAAUGGAUUCUACGCCUAUCUUGAGCUCGAAGGGCUCAACACAUCCGCAGUCGAAGCCAAUAAUACAAAUAACCCAACCGAGCGACAGUACUGUGAGGAUAACCUGGUAACCUUCCACGAGUCGCAUAUAGGCCUCAACAAAGAACACAAUCCAGAUCCGUACUGCCUGCCCAUUCUAUGGCACUCGAUCUUCUUCUCACUCUACGCCAACACAAAUCGACUGGAACUGGUAAUCGGCAAAGAGGGCUUUACCGAGUCCCAGAAUCACGUAACCUACGCCCGUUCCUGGGCCUCAUCUCCAGACGGCCAACGCUGCGCGCUCCACGCUGCACUAAUUCUUCGUGAACUCGAACAGGAGUAUAUCGGAACCGAACCACCGAUCCACAUCCCGCGAAUAAUAUUCCGCGCAGCACUGAUUUGGUUCUGCUACACGCGCUUUGGAUCGGAUACAGAAAACUCACAACAAAAUGUGGAGUUUUCAGAGCUGCAGAAGAUAGGUCUUGAUUAUCAAAGGUUGUUGUUUGAAGCGCAUGGAUUUAAAACAUCCCGGCCUACGACGGCUGACUCAAGUACUUUCUGUGGAUUAGUGCAUAUCUUACCAAGAGCUGGUCAUUGGGGAAUUUCGCAGUUGUUUGCCUCGAUUUUGGAUUUGCUGCUUCCUGAUGUUGAGGAUGAUGAGAGGUAUGGCCGGUGA